GCUCCAUUUACGAAAUUGUUCGCAGCCCAGAGAUUUCAAAUCUUCUUCCCUGAGCUCCGUCGGCGAUUGUCUCUCCGGUGUCAUCGUCUCUUUCCCGUUGAACGUUUACCGUUAACGCCUACUACAGAGUCAACUGAAAAGCGAUUUUCUCGGUAAGAAAUUGCUUCUUUGCUCGUCGUUCGAGUGGAAUCUCACUCUCAUGCCUUGUUCAGGCUUCGGUUUGUUAAGCUUCGACGAUAAGCGAUCGUAAUCAGUGAUCAUUCGUCCGUUGGAGUGAAUAGUCAAGAGUAAUACUGAAGAGAUUUUGCCAUGUCUGCACCUGCUAAAAAAAGUUCUACAGAAGCUCAGGAGAACGAUCUAAUGCUGGACAAAGAUAUGGAAAAGGAUACAUGGAACUUCAAGUCAAUGACAGAUGAUGAUCCAAUGGAUUUUGGCUUUGAGCCACCAGGAAAUAAAAAGAAAAAUGCCUUCAAGCUGGAUAUGGGUUUUGAUCUGGAUGGAGAUUUUGGAAAUUUAUCAUCAUUCAAAAUGGACAUGCCAGACUUUGAUUUCUCAAGCCCUGCCAAGAAAACCACGAAAACAAAAGAAAGCUCUGAUGAUAAAUCUAGUGGAAAUUUGAAACAGAAAAAGAAUCCGUUUGCCUUCUCUUAUGAUUUUGAUGCGUUAGACGACUUUGAUCUUGAUUCAAGUCCAACGAAGAAGGGAAGCGAGACAGCGACCAAGACCAUGGGUUCGGAAGAAAUUUCUGGUAGAAGAAAAUUUGAUAAGUCAGACUCUUUGGACUUUGGUCCAGACUUACCGACAACUACUCAAGCUACCUCAAUGGAAUAUACAGAUGUCAAAGCAAAAGCUUCAGCUGAAAAAGAGAACCUACUUUCGAAGACUACAGAUACUAUGGUUGUUGAUAGUAGCCCACACUCAAAGCAAGCUACACAAGAGUGCAUGGAAACUUCUGAGGCAGUGGAAUCACCUCAAGGUAUAAGGACAAAAACCUCAAUGUGUCUGCAACCUCGAUCCGUAAAAACUUCACCACUGAAGACAUCAUGUGCAAUGGUUGAAGAUAUAAAGACAUCACGUCUUUCAAAUGAGACCGCGGCACCCUCGCCAUUACAUGCUUCUGAGACUGCACAUGCUGCAGAAAACAGAGAAACCAGUCCAGAUAGCCAUGAAAUCUGCAGGUCUAACACAAAAGAAGAUUGUCCUAGAGAGCCAGAACAGAAUGCCAACAAUGAAAUGAUUUCCACCAUGGACUCGAGAUACGAAAAGACUGAACAGACUACAUUAAACAUAUCAUCUCAGUUAUGUUUGGAAAUGGUAGAACAUCAACAGGAAGAAAUGAGUACAGGCACUCCGGCAAACAUACAGGAUCACACUAGGAGAACAUUAUGUGAUCCAGAUGCUGGAGAGUCUCAAACAACUCUCUCAGGAAAAGUAUCACCAGGCACUCGUCUAAGCCAAACUCACCAGGUACGAGAUUCGAGUGUAAAGCUACCACAGGAUCCAUCCCACAGCGUGCCAGGGCUCAAUGAUUCAAAGGCCAUGCAAAACAAAGACGCGGGACUUAUCAGAUCCAAAUUUUUUAAGAAGGCAGAAAAACCACAACCACAUGUGCUGGAGUCCUCUGCAGUUCAAACAGAGAUUCGGCCAGUUACCCGAGAAAGGAUUGGGUUGAAUCUGAACCCUACAAAUGAUAGAAGACAUGAAAAUAAAGAUGCGCUACCGGGAUCCGAAACUAGGACAUGUCCAAGUGAGCUUGUCAAAACGGAUUCCGAAACAGCAAAUGUCAACAUUAGCAGCAGUUCUCAUGAAAAGGUUAUCCACAAGGACCACUCAAAUGCCAAGCCUGCAGAAAAUGUGGCUGGAAUGAUGGAUCAUUUAAAGCUACAAGCUAAAAAUACAACUAGAGAGAAGUCCAUCUUGCAGAUCAAUAUAAGCUCAAAACUCGAUGCUUCUAGCUUGACUCAGAAGCUAAGCAAACAUUUGGGUUCUGGAGCCGAAUCUUUGCAGAAGUCCAAGAUCGCAUCUCUUGAAAGGCCUAAACUUGGAAAUUUCAUGUCUGAUCUGCGUGCAGCAAAAACUCAAAGGACCAUUGGUGUAAACAAAGACCAACCUAGUUCUGCAGUGCAACCAGAAGUUAGCUCUUCCAUAAGCAAGGAGAGAAAUACCGAAGCACCAGUUAAAAAGAGCUCUGAGAUUCAUCAUUUUGUUCCCAAAGACAAAAAACAAACCCUGCAAUGCCCAUCUUCUUUAAAGCGGAAAGCUCUCGAUGAGCAGGAGGCAGAUAGGUCACUGAAGCCACAACUUAAACGUUUUUCCAUGUCUCCAAGAGAAAACAGGAACGUUGAGGAGCUCACACAUAGAGUUGCACAAGGAAAGUUCUCAAGCCAAGAGAGUAAAACAGAUAAUAAUAUAUCCAAGGAGCUUGUGAGGGAAAGUCCACAGCCUAAGUCUCAUCACCAGAUCAUAAACAUGGCAAAUAUGGAGAUCCCAGUCACGGAGAAUGCUGACAACAUUGAGAAAGCUGAAGCGUAUACAAAAGAACUCGACAAUAUCUGCAACAUUCUGAAGAAAAAACAUGAGGAAGCGAAAGAGUUACUUGUCCGUGCUGUAGUUAACAACAAUAAGCUACUGAUGCUCAACCAUCCUUUAUAUGAAGACAAGAUUCGUAUGAUCCAGAAGUUCGCAGCGAAGUUGACUAUAAGGGACACUCAAACCACACUUGCUUAAGAGGUUCAUUGAACUUUCCACUAUACGGUAUCUUCAAAAGUCCAGAAAUGUUGACGUUUAAUUAGUCCAAGGUACUUCGAUCGUCUUUCUCGUUUUGCUGGUUUAUAAACAAAAAACGUAAAAUUUGGAACAUAAUAAACGUUGAUGCUAAACAGAAAAAGAAUUAUGCUUU